AAUUAAUGGCUUCGUUAAUUAAACACUUCUAAUAAUUCUCCAAUGGAGUUUACGUGACUCUACAGUCUCUCUUCUCCAUUCUCCAAUUUCUACAAAGAUAAUGUGGAUUCACCAAAAAUUCAGAGGAAGGACACGACAAUGGUGAAUUCGUACGUUCCUCUUCGUUUCACCAUUUUCAUCUCCUUCUCCAUCGCAGCAGCUUCAUCCUUCAAACUCCACUCCGCUUCUCAUUCUCCGUCGUCAUUUCCGAAAGCCACCGGCGACGAUCUACUCUCCGUUCUCGGACCUCCCUCCGCCGCGUCGUGCCUCAACCCAAUCGUCUCUCGAGAGAUCAAAUCGUGUCUUAAAUUCCUCGUCCCAUUCAAAUCGGAUAAACCUAAACCCGAAUUUGGACGAUGCUCGCCUCGUACUGGACUCUGUUCCGGAAAAAUUGACGCCGUUGAGAGACGGAGCAAGUUUGAAGAGGAGAAUUCUCUAAUCUGGUGGCCACCGGAAUCGGUUCUAGAGCUUGCUCGUCUCGCUGUUGACUCCGGUGGUGAUCCCGGUUCAAUUCAGCGAACUCUCAAUCCGAAAAUGAUCCCGGUUCCUGAUGUUGAACGAUCAAGAAAAGAUAAAUGUCAACUUACUAGAACUCCUUAUGGUCGUCAUUUUAUAGCAGAGGAAGUGAACUCAUAUUUCGAGUUCUUGUUUCAUCUAAUUGAAUCUAGGGGACCUAGUGUUGGAUUGAAUGUUUCAUUGAGUAGAUAUGAUUUGUUCCAUGGCCAUUUAUUCCUUGCCUCAGAAUCUGGACGCCUUGGAAUAUUGUUUCAUGCUAAAGAGUAUCCAGCCUAUGACAAGAAAGUGUUUCCUUACAACAUGGGAUAUUGCCAGAGAGGAUCUGACGUGAAAUACAAUGAUUCAAUGAACUUGAGGAAUAUCCUUUGGCUUGCACCAUUACCUAGCAACUCUUCUCCAGAUUGGGUUGCUCCAGGUGUACUUGUGGUUCUUGAUGCGCAUCCGGAUGGAAUCAUAUACCGAGAUCUCAUCCCUGACUAUGUUAAGUUUGUAAGAACAAUAUACGAAGAUGAUUUGGGAACAACCGCAGUUGAUGUCAAUUACUUGAAUGUCGGAGCUCACGAACCUGACUAUCAGCUUUUCAUGUGCUGAAACAAACCAGUUACAGAUUCACAAUUACACAGUUGUGUGUAAUUGAAACUUUGAUUAAGAUUUAGUUACUGGAGCUGGUCGAGGUUCAAUAACGUUCGAGUUGGUUGAUAAUUUAGAGAGGUCUGAAGUAUUGUCGGUUACAAAAUAGCUUUAACAAUCACAUUGCUGAGGCUUUAAGCUUAAUUGUAAAAGUUUAGGAUUAGAUUUGACAUAUCACUUGGCUUUGUUUGAUUCACACAGUUCGCCUUAGUGAUGUAAAUUAAUUAAUUUCGAGAGCAUCAAUAACAUAUUAAUGAUUAGUUAUUUUCCACCAGGUAACCAUUGCCAACGGCUACAAAUACACUUUGGUGUAGACAAAGUAUACGAAAAAUUAAAACAAAAAGCUCCGAUGCCGGGAAUCGA